AUGUGCUCAGACCAUUCACGCAGAACAGUUCUGGCUAUUUCCAACAAUGACAUCUGCUCCCUCUUCGCUAAGGGCCCAGCUGUGAGUGUCCGGCGCUGCCAAAAGCAAGCAGAGACUGUGACAGAGGGGCUCAAUCCACACCACGCCCUCGGAAAGCCCACGGGCGCAGGGGGCAGUGCCAAGAACACGUUUCAGCACGAUCCACGGCCUUGGUUUCCCCCUUCUGGCUUUGGGCGCGCCCAUCAAGAGCAAAGCCCACAGGGGCUCCGCAAGGACAAAUACGGGAUUCCUGCUCCCUGGGGUGAGCGGGCAGCUCAGCCGGGGCCGCACACGCUGACGUCAGGCCGGCCCCUCGCUCUCCUGUCACGUCUCUCCUUGCGAGCCUGCAGGGUGACCAUGUUGUUUAUUGCCUCUCGAGCCCCAGCGCCAUAUUUGGCGCUGCACGCAAGAUUGAUGGAUCCUUCCUGUCAGCGGCCUCACGGGGCGGCCGCUCCCCAGGCCUCCUCCCCCCGCCCCGCCCGCCUCCCUCCACCUUCCAACCACCCCAGCGGCUCCGAGCAGGCCUCGCCACUGGCGGCCGCAGACCCUUUUGAAGAAGCCGUUUCCGAGAGAGGAGAGAGCCGAUGA